AUGGGAAAUAGGUCUUUGACAGAGGCAGACCACGCCCUGCUGUCCAAGCCCUUGGUACCGACAUCUGCGGAACAUACACAAACGCAAGAGUAUCCUCGUCCUUUCGUAGAUGGCAGCAAUUCUCAGAGCGGGUCUGAACUACAGGCUUCUCCACAAGGUCAGUUUGGAGAAAAGGCAUUGACUAGUACUAAUCGCUUCAUUCCCCUGGCAAAUGAUGACCCGGGUAUGCAGCACGAGAUGGGUCUUGAUCCCUCAAUGAGGCGUAGAAGAGAAGAAUGGGCAGAACGUGGUGCGGCAAAAAUCGUCAAAGAUGUUGUCGACCCAGCUACGGGGGAGUUAACUAAGCAUGUUGUCAAGAUGGGAAUAAAGGACUUCAAGUUUGGAGAGCAACUCGGGGAUGGAUCAUAUUCUAGUGUUGUUCUGGCUACCGCCCGUGAUUCGGGCAAGAAAUAUGCAGUAAAAGUGUUGAGUAAAGAAUAUCUGAUCCGUCAAAAAAAAGUUAAAUACGUCACAGUGGAGAAAUUGGCUUUGCAGAAGCUGAAUGGCACCAAGGGCAUAUUCAAGCUUUUCUUCACUUUCCAGGACGAGGCAAGCUUGUAUUUCCUUCUAGAAUAUGCCCCCCACGGUGAUUUCUUGGGCUUGAUUAAGAAAUAUGGAUCUUUAAACGAGACAUGUGCACGCUAUUAUGCGUCGCAGAUCAUCGAUGCCGUUGACUCCUUGCAUAAUAUCGGCAUUAUUCACAGGGAUAUCAAGCCCGAAAACAUAUUGCUCGACAAAAAUAUGAAAGUGAAGUUGACGGAUUUUGGUACAGCCAAAAUUUUACCGGAGGAACCUUCGAACACCGCAGAUGGCAAGCCUUAUUUCGAUUUGUAUGCUAAGUCGAAAUCAUUUGUUGGUACCGCAGAAUAUGUUUCUCCUGAGCUACUGAAUGAUAAUUAUACAGAUUCCCGUUGUGACAUUUGGGCAUUUGGUUGCAUAUUGUACCAAAUGCUUGCGGGAAAACCGCCUUUUAAAGCUGCCAAUGAAUAUUUGACAUUCCAAAAAGUAAUGAAGAUUCAAUAUGCGUUUACUGCAGGUUUUCCGCAAAUAGUAAAAGAUUUAGUUAAAAAACUAUUAGUUAGGGAUCCAAAUGAUAGAUUGACCAUAAAGCAGAUCAAAGCACACCUCUUUUUCCAUGAAGUCAACUUUGAAGAUGGUUCUGUUUGGGAUGAUAAUCCACCGGAGAUACAGCCAUAUAAAAUAAAUGCAGAGGCGAUGAAGCCCCUGCAAAAGGUUUCUGAAUCUGAUACCACUGUCAAAAUGGCCAACCUUCAGCUGGCUGGUAAUGGACAUGCAGAUACUCCCCUGCAAGCACCAGCAGCGACCUCUCAAGAGCAUUCUGUGAUCAGUAUGACUGCAGCAACCGCCGCAUUCAAUAAAGAUUAUACAAGUCAACCCAAAUUGGGGAGCAAGUCAAGCACAUCUGUUAGAUCUGCCUCCAACAACACAGAUCGCGAGGUAAUUCAAAAGAAGGUUUCAAAAAAUCGCGCAUCUGUAUCAUCUCCUUCAAUUUCUACUACAUCACGGGGGAAAGAUAAUAGAAGUCGCUCUUCUGACGCCUUCUGGUCACGCUACUUGCAAAAUAUGGAUGAACGUGUCUUGUUGAUGAAGGAGGUAGCGCUUUCCACACGAAACUUAGAGGACUCACCUGUAGGUCUUGAGAACGUGGCUCUGGACUACAAGAACCCUCUUGAUAUCGAGCCUCCUACUGAUAGUGCAGGCAAAUUUUACAAGAAAAUGUUUCUAAUAACAAACCUAGGCAGAGCACUUGUUUUUGUCAAGAGAAGAAGUCUCAGCAUGUGGGAAGAACAGGAAUUUGAAUUGCAAUUCGAACUAGAGUUGAAUGACGUUGAGAAGAUACGCUUUAUAAGUGAUCAAGUCCUUGAAAUUGACGGUUCCAGGACGAUUUUCAUAGGAUGCAAAGAGAGAGCAGUUUUAAUGAAACUAUGGAAAUUAAUACAUAAUGGAAUGACCGCCAAACCUAAAGUAGUAUCGCCGAAGUCGGACCAUAAAAUGUUUGAUAAGUUCAUUCUUCAAAAAAGACAGAAUACAAAAAAAAAGAAUCAAGCUCCUCCCGUACCUCAAUCGAAUAGGCUAAUAAAUGGUUUACCGGACCGUUGCAUCUUAAAGACACCCGAAGAAGGCGCACUUCACACAAAACGUCCCACUUCGUUGCAGACCCGAUCGUCAUCUAAUUACUCAAAAUUGCUGGCAAGAUCGACACAAAUGCGGAAAAACAUGACACGGACAGAUGAAAAAUGA